AUGCACUGUUCGAGGUUUUUUUCGGGAAACUAUUAUUACGCUCUCCUCUUCCUCGCCGCUCUCAUUCUGUAUACUCAACGCGAUCAGCUACUGGCCACUUGUGAGAACCCAUCCGCGGACAUGUUCGGUUUACUGGGUCGAAUUCACAAAGAACGAUUUGUGGAAUCGAAAUUUACCGAUCAGGAGGCGUUGACCGCCGCGAUCGAGAGCUAUCGGAACGGAUUCCAAGCCGACCCGAACGAAUACAUGGGUGUGAAUUUGGCCAAUUUACUCGUUUGUACAGGACAAGAGUUAAGCUCCAGUCAGGAAUUGAACCGAAUCUGCAACGUGCUGAAUUUACGGAUCGGUCGGAAGGGGGAUAUCUCCAAAUUGACAGACUACUGGGAUGUGGCUACGUUUUUCGAGGUUCGAGUGCUUUUGGAAGAGUACACAAGUGCGGUUCGCGCGGUCGAACGGAUCUACGCGAUGGAUCCGCCUAUAUGGCAAUUGGCAUCGACAUUGCGGAACAUUCGCUUGAUCAAUCAGUUCCGGAAACCGGCGCAUGACAAAGUCAAAUUAACCCCUGCACGUCGGUUGUUCGAUUUCUGGAUGGAAUUCCUUUCGGACGUAGUCACUGAAUCCGGACAGUCAUUACAGAAUUCAACCAACGGAAUUAUUUCGUCCGCUGAACUGACGGGCAAUGGAAGUGAGUGCAGCCGGUGA